AAACACUGGGAAUUUGUGAACUGUCCCUUAAACCAGGGAUGGGGUUUGUCAGCUGGAGGAAUCCAGAUGUGAGUCAGAUACUUAGAACUGAGAAAAAGGAGGAAGGGAGAAAUCCAGAGGCUUGCAAGUAAAGACGCUGAGCAAAGACGGCAAGGAAAGUAUCUUGGUACAGAAAGAAUUUUCCUGGAUCAGCAGCUGCUGCAACCACCAAAGAACAACAUCCCCAAGGAAUAAUGGGGGACAAGAAGAAGAUUAGCCUUCCAGCAAAGUUAAUCAAUGGAGGUGUAGCAGGGCUUGUGGGAGUGACUUGUGUUUUCCCCAUUGAUUUGGCCAAAACACGUCUUCAAAACCAGCAAGGACAAGCUGUCUACACUGGAAUGCGGGACUGUUUGGUAAAGACGCUUCGCUCAGAGGGGUUCUUUGGCAUGUACCGAGGAGCUGCUGUAAACCUGACUCUAGUUACUCCUGAAAAAGCAAUCAAAUUGGCAGCCAAUGACGUCUUCCGACAGUUGCUCUCCCAAGAAGGGAAGGAGUUGACAUUGGUGCGGGAGAUGCUUGCUGGCUGCGGAGCUGGGACUUGCCAAGUGGUGGUUACAUCCCCAAUGGAGAUGUUAAAAAUCCAGCUCCAGGAUGCCGGACGGUUAGCUGCUCAUCAGCAGAAGGUGUUGGGACAGGAAGCAUCAGCUGCAGGCACCUCCCAUCCACCACCAGGACAGCCUUCUUCCACUGGGUCCACAGCAGCCUCCAACCGCCCCUCUGCCCUUGUGAUUGCCAGAGAUCUCCUGAGAACCCAGGGAGUAACAGGCCUGUAUAAAGGGCUGGGGGCCACCCUGCUCAGGGAUGUGCCUUUCUCCAUGAUAUAUUUCCCGCUCUUUGCACAUAUCAACCAGCUGGGGCAGAAGCCAUCAAAAGAAAAAGCAUCUUUCUUGCACUCGUUCGUGUCUGGCUGCAUGGCAGGAUCUGUGGCUGCCAUGGCGGUGACCCCACUGGAUGUUCUAAAGACCCGAAUUCAAACUCUUCAGAAAGGGCUUGGAGAGGAUACCUAUAACGGGAUUAUUGACUGUGCCAGGAAAGUCUGGAUUAAUGAAGGCCCUGCUGCCUUCAUGAAAGGGGCAGGAUGCCGUGCACUGGUGAUAGCGCCCCUCUUUGGCAUAGCCCAAGGAGUCUACUUCAUUGGCAUUGGAGAAUAUGUCAUGAGGUUUUUCCAGCUGCAGUGACCCGGAACUAACAUAGCACAAGUUCUGCAGAACUGACUGUAGGAAGAGCAAUAGAACUUUGAAGAUUUAUGGACAGAUUAUGAACAGCAAUCAAGACUUCUCCUGUCCAGGAAGAUGAUGCUGAAGGGACAUCACUGCCAGAUCCACCAUUUCCUGACAAUCUCCAUGUGGCCAAGGGGCAAGUCUCAAUGAAAGCAACACGUGUGCCAGUAAUGCUGCAUCCUAGGCACAUGUACUUGUGUGUAAGUCCCACUGAACUCAUUUACUUAUUUCUGAACCUACAUGUGUGAGACGGGGCUGUUAGUGCUUUUUCCUACUUGGACAGAGAGCUAACUUCCAAAACCAGACCCGUUGUGAAUUAGUUGAACACAAGAAGAUAUAAAACUUGAUGUCAAGGUCACAGGCAGGAAAGAGUCUUCCAGAGAUCCCUUAACUGGAGAAUGAACCUGUAACCAGCUGCCUCUGAAGUAUAUGCUUUACUGUAUUUGACCUAUAGGUUCCCCCACCAUGCUACCUGGUGCAGGUCUCGCCUAUUGCCUGUUCACAGGUCCCCUACCACCACUUGCACGAGAAAUGCAUUUAUAGAAUGGCAUUCCCACUUUCCCCCCCUCCAAGCACAUGCCAAGCCAUAUAUAUAUAUAUAUAUAUAUAUAUAUUUGGGAACGCAGCCAACUGCCCAUGGCCUGUUAGUUAAUGAAGCACUUGGUGCAGGAUGAACCCUUCUAUGCUCUGCCUUUCCAGAGCUGGCUACAGUGCUAACAGAACAUGGCUAACUACUCAAACAAAGAGCAAAAAUCCUCAGCCAGCCUUUGGAUUUGGCUGAUUUAUUAAAGUGGUUAAACACAGGAUGCAUCUUAUUGAUUAACCUGCAUUAGAUCAGUAGUGUACAUGGAAACUCAGGAAGGAUCUUGGCAAGAUACUUCUAUGGAAGACAAGAUUUUGCCACUUUGAGUCAGCAUGCAGCUGCAGUAGGCGAUUCUUUAUUGCCAACAAGCCACCCUGAUGCACUAGCAUUCUGAAUCACUACCAGCAGCCGGUAGGACAUAGGUUGAGGUUAUCAAGUCCAUCCAGUUCUUGAGAAUCUGAACUUUUUCUUAGUGUGUAGCCCUCAUUAUUGCACAGAUAAUUAAAAAGGUGCCUCUUUGCCCAGUUAGCAGGGGAUGAAUUUAGAUGGGUUUAUGUCAUUUAUGCAAUAUCAGUAAAUGGCUUGUUUUCUAAUGAGAAAAGCCACAAGAACAAAGAUGGGGCUUUUUCUACUGAGUGGUAGCCAUUAAAUCAUGGUGGCUUUGAAUUCGCCAGGAAUCAACACCGACUCAAUGGCACAACUUUACCUUUAUACAACUAUGAAAGUCAGCAAUUCAUAAUUCUUGCAUACAAGGCAAUAUUGAUCAAUAUCUAAUUCUAAAAUGUCUUCCUAAUCAAAAUAGGUGGUAUCUUGUAAUUAGACAACAAGUACCCUGAACUAUCUUCCUGGAAGGGAAGGACAUUCCCCCAUAACAAGGGAUUAUAAGAGUUUGAAGCAUGGAUUAUGUUUUUAGAAUUUUUCCUCCACUCUUAACUUUUCCUCCUGAUUUUUGCACAUUUUUAUAGCUUUGGGCUUCAAGCUCCGGUUAUACUUCCAUUGAUUUUUCUCUUAAUUUUCUCUAGCCAGACCCCUGACUAUAAUUUGUGAUUAUUCUUUUUCAUUGAGUCUAUUUUAAGAUAUUUAUUUUGUAUUGCUGAGACUGCUUUGCUGAGACCAAUUUGGGGACUGAUUCAGCAGGAGUGGUGAGAUGCCUACUGAAUUCCUUAAUACAUUUAAGCCUCUUAAGAUUUGCUCCUUUAACCUAUUUCUAAAGUAACUCAAAUAAAAUGUUAAUUUGAUUCCUUGUGUGUCUGUUCACUUUCUGGGCAGCUGGUCAGGACUCAAUAAACCCCUAACUAAAACCUGGCUACGGUGAAAACUAGGAAUAAAAAACUCCAACAUGGACUCUAAAUUUCCAUGUAUAACUCCAGUCCUCAUGCUUUUCCUCCUUCCUUUCUCCUCCUCCUCUUACAAGCAGUGGUUUCUCCUACAGAAAUAUCUUGCAACUGGGAGAAGGUACUUACUUGAACAGAGGUAGAAAGGCAAGGGGCUCUUGUUUUUGCUAUUGUUUAACUAAUAAAUUAAAAACUUUAAUAUUUAUAUAUUUGUAUAGUUUAUAGUAAACUACAAUAAGAAUAAAGCCAACUGUUGAUUAAGGUCCUUUCACAUUAUC